AAGCGCGAUGUAAUUUAACGAGAAAAUUGUCCGGUUAGCUCUCCGCUACUUGAUGAGAUGCAAGAGAGAAGAGUUCGUAUCUCACGAAGGAGAUAAUCGCCGAGUAAGAGCGGAUAGGUUGAACGAGUGGCAGCUCGAGAUACGAAAUCGCGACCUCAUUGCCCUCUAGCCGCCGCCCUUUUCCAAGGUCGCCAGGGGUUGCGCGCGCCUCGCUCGCCUUCCCACCCUCUCGCCCUCGUCCUCCCGGAUCGAUCUCUAUCUCGGUGAGCGUGGAACUGCGCAGUAUCGGCACAUACGGCGACUCGGGCGGUGUUUUCCCGGGGCUUUUCCGACGACUCAGUCUUGGCGCGAGGCCGCACGCACACACGCACGCACGUACAUCUCGCCGUGCCGGUUAUCGCCGGGCAACAGGUUGCGCGCCAGCAUUACGAAGGUAUCGAAGAUCGAGGAUCAAGGAUCGAGAUGAGCGUCGACGACGUGUUGAGCUACCAGCCCAGCCCAGAGGAAGACCUAUAUGGGCUACUUGGUUGUGACGAGUCAGCUACGAUUGAACAAAUCACUGCCGAGUACAAGGUCUUAGCACUGCAGUAUCAUCCCGACAAAAAUGAGGGCAACAAGGAUGCCGAGGCUAAGUUUCAACAACUGAAUUAUGCCAAGGAGAUAUUAUGCGACCCUGAAAAGCGAAGCAACUACGACAAAUGGCGGAACAGCGGAAUUUCCGUCAGCUACAAGCAGUGGCUGGGGAUGAAGGACCACGUGCACCAGUCGAUGCACUGGAGUACGCCAAAGACAAAGAACCGAAUGCUGCCGGGCAGUGAAGCGGAAGAUAGCGGAACUGCGGGUGGACGCGCCAAGGUCAAACCCUCGAACGCGAAUCGUCGCGCGAGCGAAGGCGGCGCCAACAUUCAUUACGGGGCCCGUCGUGACCUCAACUGGGACAACGAGCCGCCCAGCGAGAUCAUCAACAAGUUCCGUAACUACGAGGUUUAAAUCCUGGGACGCACCCUUU